GAGGACCAUCUCGGAGAAGUGGAGGACGCGGAAGACGACAAUUCCAGCUAUGGGCCCGCCGACGCCCUGGAGGAAUGGGCAGAAGGCGGCCGGGCCGGGAGCCCUUCCCCCACACCGCCUGCCCGCCGCCACCGCCGCCCCCGCCGGGCGGCGCCCCCUGCAGGCGCCCGCAAGAGCUACAUCUGCAACGAGUGUGGCCGGGCCUUCGCCAAGUACUCCAACUAUAAGCAGCACCUGCGGGUGCACUCGGGGGAGAAGCCCUUCUCUUGCCGGGUCUGCGGCAAGGACUUCAACCUGCUGUCCAACCUGCGGCGGCAUGAGCGCACGCACACCGGCGAGCGGCCCUUCUCCUGCCGGGUCUGCGGCAAGGGCUUCGGUGAGCUCUCCAGCCUGCGACGGCACCAGCGCACCCACACCGGCGAGCGGCCCUUCCCCUGCCCCUUCUGCGGCAAGCGCUUCAGCCAGUCCUCCAUCCUGGUGAUCCACCAGCGCACCCACACCGGCGAGCGGCCCUUCCGGUGCCCGGACUGCGGCAAGGGCUUCAGCGAGCCCUCCAGCCUGCGCAGCCACCGCCGGGUGCACACCGGCGAGCGCCCCUUCCGCUGCCCGCGCUGCCCCAAGGCCUUCCGGCACUCCUCCAGCCUCCUGCAGCACCGGCGGGCCCACACCGGCGAGAAGCCCUUCCCCUGCCCGGUCUGCGGCAAAGCCUUCACCAAGUCCUCCACCCUGGCGCAGCACCGGGGCACCCACAGCCGCGAGCGGCCCCACCCCUGCCCGGUCUGCCAGCGCGGCUUCUCCCGGGCCUCCGUCCUGGCGCGGCACCUGCGGGUCCACGCCUGGGAGGGCCCCCGGGUCUGCGCCGACUGCGGCGACAGCUUCGCCACCUCCGCGGGGCUGCACGGCCACCAGUGCCACCCCGGGGCGGACCAGGCGCCGGGAGAGAGCUGACUUUGCCACCCCCACUCCCCUGCGGGGAUCCCCUCCUCUUCCCCUGCACCACCCGUUCUCCCCCACAGAACUGACCUUCACCUCUA